CUUCCACAGUUCCUUGAUUCUUUUUGGUUCGCUACAUCUUUGUUGGAUUCUAUCCCUAUCCCUUCAAUUCUUCUUCUUUUUUCUUAUUGUUUUUUUCUCCCAUUUUACACUUCUGGGGUCUUUCGGUCUUUGGAGCUAUCUAUAAUGCAAGCAGCUCAAGCAUCAGCCACAGAUGAAGCACCUGAGAUUUCCCAUCAGAUUGAUCCCCAGCUAAACAAAGAAGUUUCAGAUAGUCGAGUCAGCGGGAGGCGUCCAGAUAUUUCACUUCAAGUUCCACCAAGACCUUUAGGGUUUGGCAGCACUUCUGGUGGAAAGGUUUUGGACCAUUCUCAAAGUUUCUCUAAAGGGAUCUCAUCAUCGAGAGGCUUCUUGCGGGCCUUGAGCUUCAAAAGAAAAGGAAAUGUGGCAGAUGGCGAAAGAAGCUGCCUCCUUAAUUCAGAUCCCAAGACAGCUGCAGACUGUCCUAAUAUGGCCUCCAUAUCUGAAACUGCAUGGAAAAGAUGUACUUCUCUUCCUGUUACACCUGCAUCUAAUAUAUCCACUUCAGUUUCUACACCCGUUUCUGCAAGGGCAUAUAAUGAACAGACUAAGCCACAUAAAGAUGUUGUUCGUUCCAAGGUUUCAAGAUCCCUUUCUAUACCUGGACGAAAUGUUGUCAUUGUAAGAUCUGUCUCUUUUUCUGCCCGUAAUGAACAGGAACAACAAGAUCCAGACGAUGAUCAAAUAACUCCUGUGCCAGUUGAAGAUGCUGCCGAUGAAGAAAUUCCUGAAGAGGAAGCGGUGUGCAGGAUAUGUCUUGAUGUGUGUGAUGAAAGAAAUACCUUUAAAAUGGAAUGCAGUUGCAAAGGUGACCUGAGAUUGGUGCAUGAAGAAUGUGCAAUUAAAUGGUUUAGCACAAAAGGAAACAGGAAAUGUGAUGUAUGUCAGCAAGAGGUUCAGAAUUUACCAGUAACUUUGCUUCGUGUAUCCAGCUCUGUUCAACGACAAGGCAGACAGUUGCAGGGUCAACAGAACCUACAACCAGAGUCAAUAAGCGCCUGGCAAGACUUUGUGGUGCUUGUCCUGAUAAGCACAAUAUGCUAUUUUUUCUUCCUUGAACAGCUGCUGCUUCCCGAUAUGAAGACUCAAGCCAUCAUUAUAGCAGCACCAUUUGCCUUUACCUUGGGCCUUCUGGCAUCUAUUUUUGCAGUCAUCCUUGCAAUUAGAGAGUAUAUAUGGACAUAUGCUGCUCUUGAGUUUGCUCUUGUGGCUUUAACUGUGCAUCUGUUUUAUACUAUGUUGCGUUUGACGGCCAUUUAUGCAAUACUACUUUCAUCAGUUUUGGGUUUUGGAAUUGCUAUGGGAAUCAACUAUGUAUAUAUCCAGUAUGUCACUUGGAGACUUCAGGUCUCUCAUAAUGAUAGCCCAGUAUGAAUCUACUCAGAAGGGAAAUAACUUCAUGGAUUUUCUUUUGUACCUACUGAUAUGAUGGCCUUCAAUCCGUGUUUAUUAUGAAACUUGUGUCUAUCAAUCAAUACCAUUACCAUGUGAUAUAUUUUUGCUAAAUGAAUAUCAUCAAGUGUAUAUGCAGGAAAGCCAGAGAAGCACAAUCUUUAGACGUUUUUCUAAGGGAGUCUAAAUUCAAUUCAGUGAAAAAAAUUCUAUUAAAAAGUUAGAAGGGACAAAAAAUUCCAUCUUGCUAUUGCAGGCAAUAGCUUUCUGUUUUGGCAAGACACUGUAAUGACAACAUAACAAGUGUCUACAAGUGGUUGUAUUUUUCAUCCAUUGAAGAUACGAAUGAAUGCUAAA